CUUAUUCUUCUCAACAGACACUUCAACAGACACUUCAACGUGCAUGUCAAUCGAAGAGUCGAUCACGUCGAACCUAGUUGGGAAGUCGAACGACGAGCUCUUCUCCCUUCUUGCUCUCUUUCAGCCCCACCACUUCUUCCCCGUCCUCUUGUUGCCUUCGCCGGCGAAGCCUAUACACGAGCUCUCAGCCUGUUCAUCAUCCACCGCGAGCGAUGGAAAGCUUUAACUUCUUCAAGCGUUCCCUGCGCGAGUACGACCCGUCGGCCAGUAACAAAC